CCAAAGAUCACCGAGAGGUCGACAUGGCAACUUUCUCAGCCAUCCUGCUGUCGGUGCUGGCACUGGUGACGGCUGCCCAAGAGAUUCAGACACUUCAAGAUCUAUCCAACACGCUGCUCCUCAACCAGCUGGCAAUGUCCAACAUGCUGGCUGAACGCGACUCCGGAACCAGAGUAAUAAGAGAGUGGCUGAACGACCUGCAAUCAAACAUUACUUCCGAAAUAGCGGCUUUGCAGAACGUUGUUAAAGCUAAUGGUGUUCCCCAAGAUGCUUGUAAAGGGGUCGUGGAGUGCAUGACACCGUUUGUGGACGUGUAUGGUCACUGUAUCUUGGUGGAGACGGCACUGACGGGAACUUGGGAAACAAUGAGACGUCACUGUCAGCAGAAGGGCGGCGAGAUUGUCAAGGUUGACUGUGGCAACUUCAUGUAUUUCCUCGUCAGGUACCUUCACAGUAACGGUCUGGCUAAGUUGUCUUACUGGGUCAGUGGGAGAGAUGAAGGCCACGAGGGAUCUUACUUCUGGACUGAUGGUACCCAGGUCAAGAUGGGAACCCCCUUUUGGGGUGACGGCAUUAAUGACAAUAUUCAGGAGCCCGACGGAGGAACCGAUCAAAACUGCAUGUUAAUGUACCAGGAAGAUCAUUAUUUUUUCUUCGAUGCUCCUUGCAAUAACAGUUAUGCAGUUAUUUGUGAGAAACUAAAAUUGUCCUAGGAACAAUACCUGGCUUCUGUCCUUAAAGUAUCAGGUGCUUUAUGUCCUUGGAGUAACACCUGCCUCAUGACCUUAAAGUAACACUUGCCUCCUAACCUUGGAGUAGCACCUGCUCCCUGUCCUAGCACUAACACCUGACUUGCGUCUCUCGAGGAGCACCUCCGAGUCCUGACAGGUCAUCACUAGGACCAAGAGUGUACCUGGGGCAUUUAGCUAAUGCAAUAUGUAAUAAGUGGUGAGCUCUUUGAUUCAUAUGAUAAAUUAUAAUAUACAUAAUUAAUGAGAAAAUAAUUAGAGGUUCCUGCAACUUGAACUGCACAUGAAUACUCCCCAAAGCUGUACAACACAUGAGCACUCCUCCAAACUGUUCUGCACAUGAGCACUCCUCCAAGCUGUACAACACAUGAGCAUUCCUCCAAUAACACAUGAGCUCUCCUCCAAGCUGUACUGCUCAUGGGCACUCCAAAUGUACAGCACAUGAGCAUUCCUCCUAGCUGUACUGCUCAUGAUCACUUCUUGAAGCUAUAUCAUUAAAUAAUCCAAUUUCCCUUAACCUUACCCAUAACUAGGGGCUCUAUCUCCCCUCUCCUCUUAUCUCGAAAAUAAGGGUAAAUUAUGGAUAAUUAAGGUGAAAAUAUAUUUUCACAUAUUAUUCAAAUAUAUCCUAAUUUAUCCCUAAUGAACCCUAAUUUAUGUAAUAUUAUCUUAAUUUAUGUAAUAUUAUCUUAAUUUAUGUCAUAUCUUAAUUUAUCCAUAUCUGACUCUUAUUUAUGUCAUAUUAUCUAAAUUUAUCCCUAAUUUACCCUUAUUUAUGCAGCCCAUCCUCCAAAAAUGGGGUCAUUAUGACAUAUUACCCUAAUUUUUAAUAAUUUAGAAAAUGUAGAGGGGUCUUAUCUUCAAUAUAUAGAAUAAUUUCCAGGUAAAGGGGGGGGGGGGGGUUAUAAAGCCCUUAAUUAUAGGUUAGGUUAAGGAAAAUUGGAUUAUUUAAUGAUAUAGAUAUAUGGAAUCUUAUCGCUUUCCUUAGAAUAUGUGUAAAAUGGAGUUCAGAUCCAGGUAUAAAGUUAGGUACAGGCUGGUUAAUUUGAGCUAAUGAAGAGAAAAUGCCCAAUAAUAACACAUUUCCAUUAACCCGAGUAAUUGAGGUUAGAAAGGCUGGCUUGCUUGUAAUGAUGUAAAAACAAACAUGGCUAAGAAUAAGAGGCAACUUUGGACCAAGAUCCUGGUAUCAGAGGCUACGUCCAGGGCGGUUGGGUUGAUGAAAAAAAAAAAACUUUCCAAACGUACGAUACAUUUGACGUUAGGUCAAGGCAUGUUA